AUGGCAUUCAUUGAAAUUCAAAAUUAUUGCAUUACUUUCAACACCCAUGAACAAUUGGAUUUGUUUGUAAAUUUGUUGCUCACCAAAGAUCCAAUCUUUCCACGUACCAAUCCACAAACCUAUGAAUUACUAAAGGCGUUUGAUAGAGCUUUCUGGAUUAAGUACAAAUCAGCCCUCCUGUACAAACCAAAUAACUUUAAUCACAACCACCAACAUGACCCACAACUUGAAAUAUUAUCCUGGGCUCCUCUAAAUAUGCAAUCCAAGACAAUAGAAAUUGCAAGCAAUUUAAUGAUUUGGAAUGGAGAGAGAAAAAGAGUUCCGAUAAAUCAAAACCAACAAUUGGGAUGUCCUUUUGGUGAUCCAUUUUCCACAAUGUCCUUCAUUCACAUUGAAUAA